AUGCUCUUGCUCUUCUCACUGCUCCUGCAGCAACAAUUUACAAACGCAGGUGCCAUGUUUCGCAGGUGGGGCUACAGUUGGGACAGCGACUUUCAUGAUAUCGACCUGUUCUCCGAUCGUUAUGACACCGAAACGACAACCCUGUCCCAGGCCAUCAGAGCCGCAGCCACAGAAGAGCCUGAUGCAGACGGCAGCGUGCUCUUUGGGAGUAUUAAAGGCACCGUGGUGGGGCUGAGGUAUUACACAGGGGUGGUCAACAGGGGAGAGAUGGUUGGCCUGGUGAGAGAGCCCCAGAAUCCGUACGACCGAAACGCAGUGAAGGUUGUCAAUGUGUUCGGGCAGCAGGUGGGACACAUCAAGAAAGAACUGGCUGCUGCUAUGGCCCGAAUCAUGGACAACAACCAGGCCAAAGUAGAAGGAGUUGUGUUUUCGGGGACAAACAACUCUUUCUCGAUGCCUGUUGCUUUGUCUUUUUGGGGCCAAGAGGAAGUUAAGGAAAAUGUGACAAAGACGUUGGCUCAACAUGGUUUCAAACUCGAGACCGGUGUCCGAGGAGCAUCCGGCUCCGGAGGUGGUUAUCAAGAGACCUACUCAAGAGGAAUUCCUAAAAAAGGUGUAACAGUCCUUCUGACGGACGAAGAGCUGAAAAAUGCUUUUGAUAAUCUCUUUGAAGGAUUGAUGGAAAGUAAAGAUGGAGAGAAAGAGGCUGCAGAUGUUGUGUCCACUCCUCUCUUGCCCCAUCAGAAGCAGGCUCUGUCCUGGAUGUGUGCGCGAGAAAACAAGUCGGGUCUUCCUCCGUUUUGGGAGAAGAGGGGAGAUCUGUACUACAACAGCCUGACCUGCUUCUCCUCCAAAGACGUCCCAGAGAGGGUGCGAGGGGGCAUCCUGGCUGACGACAUGGGGCUGGGGAAAACACUCACAACUAUUGCACUUAUUCUCACCAACUUCCACCAAGGAAAGCCUCUGCCAGUUGAGAAAACCGAGAAGUCGUCACCCACAAAGCCCCUUGUGAAGACCUCUACUAAAGCUCCACAGAUUCAGCCUGAAGUCUCCAGCACUGACGGUACUGAAGAUGUCGUCCUUGUUGGUGCGAGUGUCCCGUCUAACAUUCCGCAGAUGGAGGUGGUCUGUGCUGAGGAUGCCCCUGAGGUAGUUGUGAUAGAAGAUGAGGCAAAUAAAAAAUCAAGAAAGGGAAAGAAAAAAGCCCCAAAGAGGAAAAACAGCAAAGGCAGUGUGGCGCUGAUGGAUAGUUUGGACUUUGCUGCAGCUCUGACUGGCUCCACCUCAAACACGGGUCAAAAGAAGAUGAAAUCUGACACAAACACAAGUGGAGAUUCAAACAUCCCUCAAUGUCCAGAGGAUCCUUCAGCCACUGCGACUCUCAUCGUUUGCCCGCUCUCUGUGCUCAGUAACUGGCUGGAGCAGUUUGAACAGCAUGUGAGUGUGAAUGUGAAGCUCAACAUGUAUUUGUACUACGGCGCUGAGCGAAACAGGAGCCAGAAGUUUCUGUCGUCUCAGGACGUAGUCAUCACCACAUACAACGUCCUGUCCACUGACUUUGGGAAUAAAAGUCCCCUUCAUAAAAUAAACUGGCUCAGAGUGGUCUUGGACGAGGGCCAUUUCAUCCGAAACCCCAACACUCAGAUGAGCAAAGCCGCACUGGAGCUAAAAGCCUCACGACGCUGGAUUCUUUCAGGUACUCCCAUCCAGAACAGUGUGAAGGACCUCUGGACUCUUCUGGCUUUUCUGCGCUUAAAGCCGUUUGAUGUGAAAGAAUGGUGGAACAGAGUCAUCCAGAGACCAGUGUUAAGGGGAGACCGCACCGGCCUGCAGAAUCUCCAGACACUGGUGAAGUACAUCACUCUGAGGAGGACCAAGACCAGUGAGGUGAACGGGCGCCCUCUGGUGGUGCUCCCUGAGAAGACUGUCUUUGUGGAGCAGGUGGAGCUCAGUCCUGAGGAGAGAGCAGAGUAUGAUCUGGCCAAAAGCGAGGGACAAAACACCAUUAGAAGGUACGUGGCUGAGGGCUCAGUCUUGAAGAAUUAUGCCGAUAUUUUGGUAAUUCUAAUGAGACUAAGACAGCACUGCUGCCACCCGGACCUGCCCACUAAGACCAGCUCAGAACCAGGAUCAGGGGCCACUGCUGCUGAGCUUCGGGAGCGUCUUAUCGACAAACUGCGACUGGUGUUGGCCAGCGGCUCUGACGAGGAGUGCUCCGUUUGCUUGGAUUCGGUCCGAUUCCCCGUCAUCACUCACUGCGCACACGUAUACUGCCGCCCCUGCAUCGCCAAAGUCAUCAGCACCGAAGACCAGAGGGCACGCUGUCCUCUGUGUCGCAGUGAGAUCAGGCCAAAUGAACUGGUGGAAGUUCCAGCCGAGGAGGAAGAGGCCGGCACCAACACAAAGCAAUGGAGGACCAGCUCAAAGGUCCAGGCGUUGAUGGGAAACCUGCUCAGACUGAGGCUCGAGGACCAGAGCAUAAAGUGUCUGAUUGUUUCUCAGUUCACUCGCUUCCUCACCGUCCUGGAAACUCCUCUCAGAGCGGAGGGCUUCAGUUUUGUGCGUCUGGACGGGUCCAUGACCCAGAAGAAGAGGGCUCAGGUGAUACAGGAGUUCCAGAGCGACGCCUCAGACAGUCCCUCCAUCAUGCUGCUGUCACUCAAGGCCGGAGGAGUCGGCCUCAAUCUCACCGCCGGCUCCCACGUCUUUCUCAUGGACCCAGCCUGGAACCCAGCGACUGAGGAGCAGUGCAUUGAUCGCUGCCACCGUUUGGGCCAAAAAAAGAACGUUGUUGUUACCAAGUUCAUUGUGAAGGAUUCUGUUGAGGAGAAAAUGGUGGAGAUCCAGAAGAAAAAGCAGGAGCUGGUGUCGAAAGCUUUUGGAGCCACAAACAGCAGCCAGAAAUCCUCACGCAUCGACGACAUUAAAACCCUGAUGGAGAUGGCGAUCUGA